AUGGGAGCUAUUGGACGAAAAAUGUAUUUGAACAUGAAGAGGUAAUGUUUAAGCCCACUUUUACUUCAUUUUGAAAUACGUUACUUUAUUUUGAAAUACGGUUUAUUUUGGAAUACGUUGUGAACGGUAACCAGAUACAAUCACAUUACUUAUUAGUCAAAAUUUAGAUUUGAACGUCGCGCUUUCCUACAUUGCUUAGAUUACGGAGGAGACGAAAACUCACUUCAACCUGGAGCGGAAUGCCUAGUGCAUGCUCAUGAUAAAACAUUGCACGUUAUAAAUAGACAUCGCAGAAAAAAGCGUAAGGCUCUAGGUUAAAAUCGAAAUUUACAAAAAAAUUAAAUUUCAGUAAAAAUGAAUUUUUUAAAAAGUUAUUUUCUAAAUAACUAUUAUUUUAGGAUCAACCAAUCCUACUAAGCCCAACGCACUAAAGACGUUUAUCAUACGACAUAAUCUACACAAGACUAUUACCUCAAAAAGGUUAAGAAAAUUGAAGAAAAGGGAAACAAUGAACGAGUCAAGUGAAGAACAACACAAAAGGCACAAAAGAGAAGAAAGCAAAGAAAGAGUUGCUGCUUUGACUCAAAUCUACAAAAAUUAGUAAGUUAAUCCAAUUUUUUUAAAACUUUUAUCUACUUGUGCUAGAGUAACCACCUUUACAAAAUUUUUUCAUUAGCCACGCGCCAUGCUAUCUAAACUCCUUUUACAUAGCCCCUAAGCCUUGUUUAUAACAAAAAAGUGCGUUGGAAAAGUACUGUAGUGCAGAAAAAACUAUGUAUUAACAAACGUUACGGUAAGAUGUCAGACGUUAAAUGAUCGCUUUGACCUUUUUUGGUUGUUAAAAUGGAAACACGUUUUCGAGAGCACAAAAUGUCUGAUUUAUUGCGGUUUUCCGUAAUUUAAAAUGAGAUUUGAAACCUGAAACAUAAAAUUUUAACCGCAUCAAAAACUACAAAAAAAAAUUAACGCAAGGAUCAAUGUUUUCCAGUAAAAAACAAAAAGAACGGUUCAACCUUCGUAUGAUGACAGAAGAAGAAUCGAAAAAACAUUACGAGAGCUGGCUGACCGAUUAUAUCGUUAAGACGGUGGACAAACCGCCUGCAUUAAUAAGCUCAAAAGACGAAAAAACGCCGGUGAAACGGAUUACCAAUUUAAUUUCAACUGUAGUCGAAAAGCGGCCGUAUUACAGAUCUGUAUCUGAUACUCUUCGUACGGUACGAAUUUGAAAUCUUUUACAGAGUGUUCCAAGAAAAAUGUUAAAAAGUUAUUAUUUUCUUUCCAACAAAGCUACCCAUGCCAAACUUGGCAUGGUGAAAGCUUGGACCCACAAGUUUUUUGUCAUGAAAUUUUAUAUUUUUUAAGUGCAUAAUAAGAACGUUAUGAUUUUUUUAAAAAUGUCCAUUUUCCCCGGAAUUACACAUAUUUUCAGUUGGAAAUGCUUUUUUGGUCAAAUUUUUAAAAGUUUUUGACAAGUUUUUGGUUGAAAAUGACAUUUUUAGCCAAGUUUUCAAUUUUCAAAUGUCGGCGGAGACUCGGCGGACACCGAAAUUAAUCAGCGGAGGCUAUAACUCUAUUCAAACAUAACUUGGCGAUGUGGAACGAAAAGCAUUAAUUUUAACAGCAAAUAUAUCAAAUGUUGUAUGUUGUUAGACUUUUUGUUUUUAUGUACAGUAAAAAAUGAAAUACGUUCAAAUUUUAAAAGUUAUUUGUGCAAUUUACAAAAUAAAUUAAAAAACAUGUUUUUCUAUUCAUUUUCUUCGGCUUUUAAUUUUUAAACAUUUUUAACAUUUUUCUUGGAACACCCUGUAAAACACCUAUGUGAAAUUAGUUUUAAAAUUGAAUCUUUUAAAUUACUAAUUUGAAAAUUAAAAAUUAAUUCCAUAUUAAUUUAGCUAAACGAGAUGUCCAGCCGCUCAAAAAACCAGUCCACAUACGGCGCAAAUUUGAAAGACAUUGUAACAGACUAUGACCCGUUGUUACGGAAAAAGAUUCCAUUUACAAAACGUUUUAGGAAUCUAAUGCCGACGUCUGACAACAUGCCAAAAGUAUUGAAAGGAGCGUUUGAUUUGGCUGACACAUUAGAAAAACAUGGCGACGUGCUGAAUACAAAAAUCUUAUCACCAAGGUUCAUGCCUUUAAUCAACAAUCAUGCAAAAGGAAACACCGCGUAAGUUGAUGUUGUUGUAUAUGUCUACACAGGGACGUCGCUACGCGUUUUCUGUAGGGGAAGAGGGGGUGGGGGUAAAGGUCAAAUUUUUUUUUGGCCCACAGGUAGUGAACCAAUUUUCCAAUUUUUCUAAAAAAUUUUUUUUUGUUUUUUGUGUCCGUACCUCUACACAAAAUACGGGAGGGGGGGGGGAGGGGGGGGGGAGAUACCCGCGAGGGCCGGGGGAGAGGGAAAAUUUCCAUAAAUAAAAUUCCAGCGGAAGCAGGAACUGCGGCAAUGGACCGAAGCGAGGACGAGGGGAAUUUAAAAAAAAACAGUAAAUUUAAAAAUAUAAACACUUACAUUUUCGCAACUCCCCAAAAACCACCAUUCUCAAAAAAAUAAAAAAAUUUAUAUUCUUACGGUAGGCAUUGCCCAAUUUCGCUUCAUUUUUGCCAUUUUCUAGCCACCUGUUUUCUCCAAACAUCAUGCCCUUCUACAAAGACGAUUCCGAAAACAAUAUUCUCCCUUUACCAGACAUAAUCGACUCAACUGGCCUUAAAGCCGAUGACCGGGAGUCUAUCAUUGAAUUGAUUAUGGAAAUGUCCGGCGCUCAAACCAUUGUCGAAGAUGCUUUCAAAAUUUUCAAAAGUAACCAGAGUGAUAGUUUGUUAGAAGACGUUGAUCAGGUUACACAAGGCAUGGAUGAACUGUUCGACAAAUUUAAAGGAAUGUUAACACAUCACCAACGUCGUGAGCUGGCACAACAAAAAUAUACUUUUAUGAACGACCGUCAGUUGGACUUUAUCUAUGGACAUGGUGGAAUGCUGAACUCCACGUUGCACCGUCAUGGUGUUAAUGAUUACAAAAGAAUGAGUAACAGAGAGAAAGAAAAGUUGCUAAUUAAUGAUCUAAGAAGGUUGGCUGAUGACGUACCAAAGAGUAAACAUACAAGGAAAAAAGAAGUUUGA